AUGGACACCACAGCUCCCACAAAUCCUGCAGGUGUGCCUAUCUCCGAACUAGGUGAUGACGAUACGGAGUCCGCCCGCUCGAGAUCGAAUCUGGGCGCAGAGCUUCCGGUUGUCACCGCCCGGGAGGGUCGGGUAGCUCUCACUGAGCAGACGCUACGUUCGCAUGUUGGGUCUCUUGGACCUCAACCAGCAUACGUGCCAUCACGAGCGUCGCUGACACAUCAGCCCUCACCCACAGUCGUAGGCUAUUCUCCGGUGCCUCCAUCGCACACCUCCGUUCCAACUGUCGUGAAUCAGUUGUAUCAGCAUCAGCAAAACGUUCUGAUCAGUGCGGAUCCUGCAUUGAUUAUGGACACAGCAAAUGCAAGACACGCUGAAGCCGUUCGCAAUAUCCAAAGUGAAAACAGGGAGCAAAUUCUCGCUUUGGAAACAGGUGCCAUGAGUCAAGUCGCUCAGCUGAGGCUUGAGCAUGCACAGUUGCAGUCAAAAGCCAGAGCCUUUGAAGAACAGGCUGAUCAAAACAUCCAUGCUGGUCGGCAGGCCGUAGCCCAGUACCAAAUUGAGGCUGAAGCAGCCGCUGCUGAAGCUGAGCAGCUAAGGCAGCGCCUCCUAUCCGCUGAACAGACAGCUGCAAAUGUUGUCGCCCAGGUGGAAACCGAGGCUAAUCGAAGGUUGCAGGCUAAUCAAGCCGACGUGUCAGCUCGUGACAACGAGCUCUCUCGCCUCAAAGGUGAGAUGCAAGAGAUGAUGAGGAUUCAAGCCCUCAACAUGGAGAUGCUGCAAAAGGACAAUGCCGAGCUAAGAACACGCUUGGCGGAAGCCAAAGCUGACCCAUUGGGCAAUGAACCGGAACAGGCCGGGCCUCCUGGUCUAGGACCCAUUCCGAUCAAUACUCCUCCUGGCGAACCACUUGAAGCUAUCGCAAAGAAGCUUCGAGAGUCUGGUACCACAUAUAUUUGUUCUGGUUCCCAUGAUCGCGCCAGUGCUAUGGCCGCUGUGCAACGCGUCAGGGAUAAGAAUGAAGCCAAGAAGGAAGCUAAGAAACAAGCGUUCUAUGAUAUCAACCAAUUGGGUGACAAUCAAGGUUGCAUGUACAAGAAAGUUCGUGAGGUCAUCUAUGACAUGUCGUCCUUUCUGCAACAAGCCAUUGACAAGUACAAGCAACUUGCUGGUCCUGAGUACCACAAUCUCAAGAAGGAAGGCAAUCAUCCAGUUAGCCAGGGAUUACCACAAGGCUGGCGCCUCUGUACUUCUUUGGUUCCAUCAGCGGAAUCCGGGGGUACAGACAAGGAUCAGGACGAGCUCAACAGCAUCAUGUUCUCCAAGACUUGGGCUUCGUUUGUUGACAUCGCCGAUGCUCUUAAGAAGUACAAAGCGAGGUUCAUCAUUACAUGGCCCAGGGACAGCGUGUUCUGGGGAUGGCAGCGUGUCAAGAGGGUACUUGAUGGCUAUGGUUUUAGCAAAACUCACCUUAAGCCGAUGAUUGCAGCUGCUGACUUUAAGCCUGAAGUCAUUGCCCACUACACGCUAGCCUCCAACACGAAGAGUCUUGUUGAAUUCUUGAGACGAGGAUUGAAGGAUAGUGCCAAGAAAUCAGAGUCCCAACACUACUUCAAAGGCACCCUUACUACGAUUCUCAGUCGUGUUUUUGAUGAUCAUGAACCGAAGAAAUCAGAGAGAAAUCAGACUCACGUUGUAGCUGUUGCGCUCAAGAUUCAAGCAUCCCCAACGUCCUCUCUUUCGCUUCUUCCCAUUGCGAACAUGUCCUCUGCCCAGAGCACUCGUGACGCUCUUGCACAGGGAAUCGCAGCCCGGGAGGGUAUGCCGACUGAUGAGGGGUUGCAAUAUGCAACGGCAGAUCGUGAGGAACGCAUUCAGGCGUAUCGUGCCGCACUCAAGAGUGCCGAUCGCCUGGCUGACGCCAUGGCCGGAGUCACCCACCUUGCUCGGCACACCGACCUUGCUGAGGUGUUUGAUGAACCCGGGGCUGACGCCGACGGUGAUGAGAUGUUCCUUGGGAUUAUGACGGUGAAGGAAUGGCGCGACAUGCGUGUGCAUGCGCCUAAUGCACCCUGGACCGCAUUGUACGAGGCCUGGUUCCGUCACUAUGCUUGCCGCCAGGGCAACCUGUACAUGCAGGACCAACGCAACACCUCCCUGACGGGAUGGUCAGCCCUCAUCCUUCAGCACAUUAAGGAUUUGGGUAUCCUCGGGUGGGGUGUCAACUUCGAGAAUGCCAUCAAUAAAACGGCAAUGUAUGACAUUUGCCACAGGGUCCACAUUCUGUCAGAGGGUAGCGGUACCUUCCCACUGUUUCCUGCGAGCUCAGCUCUCUUGGACGGGCUCUACAGCCCAGCCUUGGGCAGGAUUUCCGCGCCCCCCACGGCGGAAGCCGGUGGUUUCGACGGCACCGACAUUCUUGUGGCCGGGGACUCAUCCUUGGCAUUGUGCUGGAUGCAAGGAAAACGGUGUGUGAAGAAAACCACUAUCUUCCCGAUGAUGCAGGACAUAGUCCGAGCGAACCCAGAGUUCGGGGAAGUCACAUGCCUGAUGGAGUGGGGCAAAGGUCUCGACAAGAUCGUAGACGUGAUCGAGACCCACCUUGCGCAAGAGGACUUUGCCUUUAUGGUUGCACGAGAUGUCAUCAAUACCACCAAUGUGCUUAUCCCAGAUGACGAUGCCAUCGAGAGGGAAGUCAAUGACGGCAUCCCCACGGUGUGGGACGAACCCCCAGAGGUUCCGGCAUCGGAAGAUGACCGCAGUCUUCCCAAAGGCACAGUCGGGUACUCGCAGGCACUUCGCCGAAUCGGGUCGACGCCCAAGUCGAAACCCGAUCCUGCCAAGCACAGGAGAAUCUCGGAGCCAGCCGAGACUGACGAUGAAGAGGAUGUCGUGAUGGACCUGGAUCCUGACGACACCGCUCAGCCGUCGGAAGACGCUGCUGGUGAUUUCGAGCCAUUCUUCGAAUGGUGGGGCUAUGAGGACAUCCCCGAUUUUGCCCCAAGCCAUCGCUACAUGACGGAUGGCAAGCGGCGAGCAUUGAGCAGUGCCAUGAGCUUUUUCCUUCGUGGUUUCGCGAAUAGUGCAGAGUCACAGGCACAACGGCGGCCACCGCCCAUGAUGACCUUCGACCCCGCAACGCGGGAGGUCGAAUGGGACCACUUCAAAGAGCAAUUGGGCAAGCAGUGGCGCGGUCUCCGGUCGGAAGACGUCAUGGAAGUCGUGAAGUACGGUAACCGCGACAAAGAUGACAGUGGACGCUUUGAGUUGCGCGUCCUCCACUUCAUCGACCACACUGAGAUUCAUGGAAUCCGUGCAUUCCAGGGGCACUGCCGCGAUCUCAUCUCUGACGAGACUGAUCUUGUGGAUAUGCACAGUGACAGCUAUGCUUUGUGUGACGACUACCGUCCCACCAUGCACACGCGUCCUCCUGUGGGAGUCACUGGCCACAUCCACAACGACUGGGUCAGAAUGCAUCCGAUCGGGUACCAUGCAACGUAUUGGAGCAAUUUUUCCAAUAUUGUUAGCACCGGUCUCAUCCCAGGCGGUGUCACCCUCGGCGGAAGCACGGGGAGAGCCUUCACCAUGAUGGCUUGCCUCCCUCAGUGGGAAAGGCCAAACAACGCCGGCCUGCGACCUGGCGCUGAGGUUGAAUUCGCUAUCGACCUCCAGCUCGCGUGCCUGGAAGGGUGUCGCAUUCUCCUGACAAAGAACAAUGUUCUGCAGACCCCAGAUUGGUUGUCCAAUCGCUACCUUAUGUUUGCUUACGAUCGCAGAACCGGGAAACCUGUAUGGUUUAACCGCUCGUACGUGCUCACGCGAGCUCGGGUGUCCAAAGCCCGCGAUGCAUAUGUCAAGCGUCAGGAAAUCCUGCCGGUCUUCAACCAAGACCUCAUCGAACGCGCAGCGGAAGCUGACGCUAAUUGCAUCAUGGAUUACGUUGAUCUCUGUUACCCGAUCCACAAUGAAAAUUUGGACUGGGUUGAGUUCUUGGGUAUGUUCAUGGACAUGGAGAAGCCCUCGCACUUGCGUGAGAUUGAGCAGUUUCAUGUUGAUGGUCGUACCAUCUGCUUUGAGCAGGGUAGUCCGCUGGAGGGAACUCCGUGCGAAUGGACCUUGGAUGCCCAGGUCUACUUUUCGCCAAUCGGGCUGACCACCGAGCGCCCGUCGCGUGUGGAGCGCAAGCACUACUCAGUGUGCCUCAACGUCAGCUUCCCAAAGCUGCGUUGCCCUGAUGAUAGGUGCAGGUCUCAGAUGCUUGACGGCUAUCUUCAUUGCCCCCGCUGCCAGCGGAAGUUGUUCAACCCGAGCGACAUCUCCCACAUUGCGGAGCUGGCUGAUCUGCGGGCGGAAGCCGUGCAAGGUGGAGCUAACCACAGCCUCCACUAUUUGGCACCGAAGGCCGCCAUCAACACGCGCCCACACGAGCACACACGUCAGGGUGCCGAUGUGAAGAAGAGCAUCGCCGCGACACUUAAAGAAAAGUGCAAGAAAAUGGUGGCGAAAGCGGCAGAGGGAACGCAUGGCUCCUUGCGCCAGAACUUGAAGUACGAACCCUUCAGCGCAUUCAAUGUGUUUUCCAAGGGGAUGACGGUUACUUCACUCGACGAGAUCGAGAUGUUCGCGCGCUUGCGACUUCCCGCCCCAGGAAUGGGGACGGAGGCUAAGAGAGGCUUUGCAGGAUCUCACACAUCCGAUGCACGCACUGCCCUCAUUUUUCCUCCUGUCGAUGAUGUGAUUCGCGGGGAGUACAACUAUCAGAGGAACAUUUUUCUUGAGCUGGCCAGCCACUGCUACUUUUGUUUCCAGGAUCGUUUUUACCUGGUCCCCGAGAUCGCAGUGUUGAUCCGAGCCACUCAGAUUGCCUCUGAGGUACGCCGUGUGCGUCCUUUCAGCAUCCUCCGCCAUGACGGCGUCGAGUACCAGACCGUGACCGGUACUGUUCCUGAGAUCAUGGCCGACCUAGUCGGCAUGCUCCGCAACAACGCACAGUAUGCUCUCACCCAGAAAGAGCGCAAUCAGCAAAGGGUGACUGUGCAGGUCGGAAUCGGACAGACUCCGUUGCAAAUCCCAGCAUCCCUGGGGACAAUGGGCAGGUCACAGAUGCUCGAGCUACUUGGCGGUACGCGGUUCAGUGUUGAGCGUACCCGCGGCUGGAUCAAUCGCGAGGUGGAAGACCGAAUGGUCCGACAUGGUGCCACUCCCAUUGGCGCCAUGCGUGUGCCACCUCCACCGCCGUCACCAUCCGGAAGGACUGGUCCUGACUCGUCGCUGCCCGCAGCAACACCCAGUGUUCGGCCCCCACCGGCUCCUCCGAGCCGAGGUCGCUCACCUGGCGGUGCAGCUUCAUCAUCUACGGAUCGUCCAGCAAGCACUUCUGUUCCAAAAGCUGCAAAGACGAAGGCAAGGCCGGCAUCUGCCCGAAGCAUCACGCCGCCUCCUCCUAAGCCCAGUGCUAAUAGGCCAGUGCAGCCGCCGCACCCACCUGCUGCAAAAGCUGUUCCGAAGGCUGACGCCGUUCGUGCGCCUGAGGAAUACAUCACUGCUGAUGAGUGGGACAGCUAUUUUGCCGGUCGUGGCGAGGUUAGAGGUUUUGCUGUAGGUGAUGCACCUGCACCAAUUGCCGCCCCUGCGGGGUCAUCCACUGAUGAACCAUCUGCCUCAGCCGCCGGAGGGCGUGCUCGCACUCGCUCACCGCGCCGCCAUGACUAUGGUGGUGGUCGAGACUUUCAAGAGGCCGCGAACGACAGGUUGCGUCACCUGCGCCUGUGCGAUGAGGCGAUUGAGCAGCAACUCGAGAACCUGACGGUCACUCUCCCCGGCUUUCCAGCUGAUCGCCUAAGGGAAUGGAUUGAUCAAGACGGGAACGGAUUCGAUCCAUCCCGACCAAUGCCUCGCAAUUGCACUCGCACAGAUGCUUGGUAUUGGGGAGUCCUCCGUGCCCGUUACCUUGAGGAGCUAUCGCCCACUGAUGUGCCUUUUAUCAUUCCCGCUUACACCGACCGGGAGGUUCUGGUUCAACAUCCUGUUGAGCAAAUCGCCUGGUUCCUGCGCGGAUGGGAGGAGUAUCGCCAGGACUCCAAUGGAGCAUGGUACAGGGCAUACCAGCCUAUUGCAUCCGACACCGGAAGGUGCUCCGCGUCUUGA